CGAUAACAAACAAUAUCAUAAAAUAACCUUAACUCUUUGGUGUCAUUUUGAUAACAUCAUUUACGUUCCUACGUCAUAACAAUGUUCAGUAAAAUGAUUAUAACACAAUUUUUGAUAUAAAAGAUAUAAAAAAACUAAAAAUAAGUAAAAAAAUCUAAAACCCUAUUCUGAACAACAUGGCAUAUUUAUUCAUACCUCUAAUUAUUUUAUUUUUGUUCCACCACGCUGUUACGUUGAUUCCACCUAAAUUUCAAUGGAAGACUAUGGAUUUUGCAUGGAAAGGCUCAGAAAGAGAGUCGGCUAUCACUAACGGAUCUUACGUACCCGUACACAACAUGCCUACUGGAUUAGCGAGAUGGAAGGACAAGCUGUUUAUAACCAUACCGCGGUGGAAAACAGGCAUUCCAGCAUCCUUAAAUUACGUAUACUUGAAUGGGACACAAGAUGCGCCAUUGCACCCGUACCCAAACUGGCAGGAAGGGUGUCUAGCCCAAAAUGGCUCUGUGGUCUCCAAUCGCACGGUGGUGUCCACCUUCAGGGUGAAUGUAGACAAAUGUGACCGUCUCUGGGUUGUGGAUAAUGGAGUCAGUGACAUGUCGAUGGAUGUGAAACAAGUGACGCAGCCAUCUGUCUUGGUGUUCAACUUGAAGACAGACGAGUUGAUUAAGAAGUUCGUCUUGGAUGAAAAUGUAUUGAGAGACUCUUCGGUGUUGACUAGCAUUGCAGUCGAAAUAGUCGGCAAGAAUUGCGCAAAAUCUUACGCGUACAUAACAGAUAUGGGGUCCAACGCUAUAAUCGUGUACAGCAUGGAUGAUAACGACGCGUGGAGGGUAGAGAACCAUUAUUUCCACUUUGAUCCCCACGCUGGGGUCUAUAAAGUAGGAGGUAUUGACUUCUAUUGGAGUGACGGGGUCUCGUCAGGCACGUUGUCACAACCUAAGAAGGAUGGUUAUUGCGACUUAUAUUUGCAUCCAACUUCGAGCACGAAGCAAUUCAGGAUGUCAACGAGACUGUUACGAAAUAAGGAUGCUCCUAAAGAAGAUAUUUUCAAUGGAGUCGAGAUAAUCGGUGAUAGAGGUCCAAAUUCUCAAGCGACGUCCUGCGAUAUAGAUCCGUCUACUAACGUUUUGUUCUAUACACAGGUUUGCAAAAAUGGCUUAGGAUGUUGGAACUUGAACAAACAGUUUAAUGACGCCAAUACUCCACUGAUACUCAGCGACUGCAACUUGAUGGAGUUCCCGAAUGACGUCAAAGCAGAUAGGGAAGGCAACCUCUGGAUCCUGAGUGACAGACAGUCUCGCUUCCUAUACGAGGCUAUGGACUUUGACCAGGUCAACUUUAGGGUGCUCACGGCACCAACUGCGACACUUAUACAGGGCACGGCGUGUGAGAAGAGGUCCUUCUUUAGUCGCAUCAGUGACACAAUGGUCAAAGUUCGAUGACCCACCAACCGAAAUUACAACUGAAGUAAUUUGAGAUUUUUUUAGUCCAAAUAUUUUGUGAAUUACAAUUAUUAUUCUCGA